UUAAAGCUUAAAUAUUAUGAAAUUUCUGUCGUUUGCCUUAUACUCAUCGAUUACUUAUCGAUUAAUUUUAUAUGUAUUUACAUUAAUGGUAUUCCUUAUUGUCUAACGAUAGGUUGUAUUCCGUAUUUGCCUAUAUUAUUUCAUCGAAUCUUAUGUAGUGUUGUUAGUUUCCGUUACUUUCAAGAUUUACUUAAUCAUGCCGAAAACACAAAAAGAAAGUACACGCGGGUUUUUGACGCGAAUGCUACGCGAAUAUCCACAUGUUUUUCGUGCAGAUGAAUCCGUUUUAUUUUGUAAAUUCUGUGAAGUGAAAAUCAACGCCACGCAAUUAUUUCAAGUCAAGCAGCAUAUUGCAACACAGAAGCAUGUGAAUUCGGUUUCUAAUAAAUAAAAGAAUCAGCAAUUGAGCCAAACCUUAGUGACGCAAUUUCAGCAAUCAACACAUGGACCGAAAUUAAGUGGUUUCUGCACGCAAUUGGCAAACACUUUUCUACGUGCAGAUAUACCAUUGCACAAAAUUGCACAUCCGUGCAUGCAAGAAUUCAUCUCCGAGUUUACGGGUUUUGCAGCACCUUCCGAAAGUUCACUUCGAAGUACAUAUGUAUGUAUGUGCCAAAAUUGUACGAAAAUUGUCUGGAAAAAAUGCGUAAAAAGGCCGUGGACAAUUACAUUUGGAUUACUGUAGACGAAUCGACGGAUUGUGAACAAAGAUUUGUCGCUAAUUUCGUAUUCGGUGUUUUGGGCGUCGAAGAGGAGAGAGGCCUCAGUUAUUUAUUUUCCAUCAAAAUACUGGAGCUUAUUAAUAGCAACACACUUGCCACAUUCUUCAAUGACUGUUUAAGUUCACUUUGGCCAGCUGGUAUGUUUAGCAUGUAGUGAAAUUUGUAUUGAAAUUGUUUGUUUGUUGCUCAAAAAUAAAAUUUUACUUACAGGAAUACAAUACGAUAAAGUUUUGUUGGUCGUAACGGACGCGGCGCCAUAUAUGAUCAAAGCUAUGAAAAGCCUGAAAGUGCUUUAUCCAAAAAUGGUUUAUUUGACGUGUUUAGCUCAUGGUUUACAUCGCGUAGCUGAAACAAUUCGUACUAAAUAUUCGAACGUCAAUAAUCUGAUUUCAAACGUGAAAAAUAUCUUCGCAAAGGCUCCACUUCGACGCCAAAAAUUUGCGCAAGCGUUUCCAAAUAUUCCACUUCCACCUAGGCCAAUUAUUACUCGCUGGGGCACGUGGAUUGAGGCCGCCAUAUAUUUUGCCGAUCAUUUUGAAGAAACGCGUUCAAUCAUCAACUCUUUCGAUGCGGAUGAUGCUGAAUCUAUUCGAGCAGCUCAAGACCUACUGGCUAUGCCAAGCAUUAAGAUUGACUUAGCUUAUCUCAAAAGAAACUACUCGUGUAUUGUAACUGCGCUGAAUUCGAUACAAUCCCAAAAAAUGUUUGUGCCUGAUGGAAUUGACCUGUUCUUAAAAGUUGGUGUCCAAUUGAAAAUGGGGAACGAUUCAGUCAUUUGUCAAAAGUUUGAUUCUGUAUCAAAUAAGAAUCCAGGUCUGCGAAUUCUUCAGGACAUAUCGCGAAUGUUAGCAGGAAAUCUGAUUGAUAGUUCUACAGAAGGUGACGAUCUUAUCGCGAAUUUAUCACCUGCUGAGCUGAAUGCAUAUGCAAAUGCUCCUGUUACAACUUGCGAUGUUGAGCGUUCAUUUUCAUCUUAUAAACAUAUAUUAAGUGACAAACGCCGUAGUUUUAUUUUUAGUAAUCUUACACAACAUGUCAUACUAUUCUGCAAUAAUCUUUAAGACAUUAAAAUAUAAUAUGAUCGAUAUAAUCGUCUACGUUUAUUCAUUUUUAUACCUAUA